UCUACAGUAGUAGGUGACAUCCUAAGCACGCUACCUAAACUUCCUUAUACGUCUCACCUUACACAAUACGUCUCUGAAUCUCUCCUUGUUAGCCUUCGAUUUUCCGCGGUCCCUUCAGCGUAGUCCUCCCCGCCGCGCUCCGUCUAUUGGAUAGCCAUGGCCGCUGUUCCUUCCAGCGUGCCACGUCGGCUCGUGGUAACGGACGCGCCCGUGAUUUCCUGUCUAGUCGUCGCCGAUUUCUGCAAGAGCGUCGGCGGCGGCGACGCGUUGGAAUCGGCGAUCCAGUCGACAGUAGUCGUCACGAACGCCAGACAGGCCGAUUCCAAGAAGCUUCCAUCCAUAGCCUCAGGGUCCCUGGAGUCCGUUCUCUCCAUCGCGGAGCGCCCGGGCCACCACGACGCCACGUGUCUUUCUGAGCUGGCACGCGUGCUGCAGCCCAACGGCACGCUGCUGCUGCAGGAGCCAGUCGCUGCCAGAUCAGCUGCUGCAGUGGAGCAAGAGCGCCUGCCCUCGUCACUCUCGGGAUCACCACUGCCCAAUCAAGCCGCGCUGGAGCGGACACUCCUCCUAUCAGGCUUCGCCACGUGGCAGGCUGUGAGCUCCGUGGCUGGCGUGGGAUUGGCUCCUGAAUUCACGGGAAUCACGCCAGCAGCUAUCGGAUCAACUCAAGGCCCACUCCUAGUGCCUGUCACGCUCAAGGCUCAGAAACCCGCCUGGCAAACCGGCUCCUCCUUUUCCCUCAAGAAGAAAAGCACCUCUUCCCAAGCCGCUGCUGCUCCUGCUGCAGCGCCUGCCACGUCAGCAGGGGUGCCGCUCCCCGCUGCUGCCACGUGGCGCGUUGGUACUGGAGGAGCGGGCGAGGAGGACGAUGAGCUGGUGGACGAGGAUUCGCUGCUCACAGCGGAGGAUCUCGUGGCUCCUGCUCCUCCCCCACCCAGCGCUGCUGCAGGAUGUGGCACUGCCAAGACGGCAAGAAAGGCGUGCAAGAACUGCACGUGCGGACGGGCGGAGAUGGAAGCGGCUGAAGUGGCGGGAGAGGGAGAGGGGGGGAAGGGGAAGAGCAAGCUGACCAUCGACCAGAUUGCUAACCCGGAGUCGGCAUGUGGCAGUUGCGGACUUGGAGACGCCUUCCGCUGUGCCGGCUGCCCCUACCGCGGGUUGCCGCCAUUCAGGCUGGGAGAGAAGAUUUCCCUUGACACGGCUCUUCUGUCUGCAGAUGUCUGAGGUCCAACGCUUCGGUGGGGAGAAUAACACCGGCCCACGUCUAAAGCAGCACCUAGCUUGUGGCAUCAAGGUUUUCUUUCAAUAAGAAGCAUAGGCGGAUGAGCUGCAUGCUUGGUUGCACACAUUGCAACAUUCUUGAUUGAAAUUUGCCAGAUUCUGAGAAGCUAAGUGUGCUGGACUGGGGAGGGGUGGUAUCCCAGAAAGUUUCCAGGAUACACAAGCAAUCCAGACCUAGCACAAGCAUGUACGAUCCAUCCCCUUGCAGCCCACUUACCUAGUAUUGGGCUGAC